UGUCACUGUAUCCGUAGUAUGGCUGCCGAUAGUCUUAUUGGCAAAACAUUUAUUAACCUAGAACUAUUUCUACACAAGGUUGCACAGCUUGGUGUAUUUGAAGCACUCAUUUUUAAUUACAAACUGAAAGUCGGCGUUUUGGAACCUGCUAGUAAUCUUUUUAAACCUAUUGUCAACGAGCUUAUAAACGAAUUGCAGUUGGUGAUUCAGGAGCAGGCUCUUGUUGGACCAUACAGUCAACCUGUAGUAACAUCGCCUCAAAAUUUAAAUGGUGUUAGAAUUGAAACGUGCAGCAGCAAUGAAGAAGGGAAGACUGAUACCACUAGAACCAACGAGUCCGUCGUCUUAUCAUUUUGUGAGAUUGAUUACUCAACAAAAGACAUUCAGAACCUAACAUCUCUUCAUAAUGUGAACGAAGCAGAUUCAACAAACCAUGAAACACCCUCUAACUUUCAAGACGGGGAUGGGAAUGGGAAUGAGGGUGUAGUGACAGAGAAUAUCGACAGUCCAAAAGAGAAUGUCAAAGCCUGUAAAACAUUACGCCGAAAGCACAAAGAUGAGCGCUGCUGCAAAACAGAAAAUGACGUUACAGGGAAAAGCUCUCAUAUACAAGAUACCGUCAACAACGAUUCUAGAAGCAGAUUUUUCGUGUGUCCAGUAUGCAACAGGAAAUUUCUCAAGGAAAGUCGAUUGGCAGCACAUUUAUCGAAGUGUGGCAAGGCAAAGGGCAAGGCAGAAACGAGGUUUUGUGAAUAUUGUGACAUGGGAUUUUCUUCACAACGUGUGUUAAAUUUACAUAUUGAAAGGAUUCAUAAAUUGCCUUUGGCAUCAACUGAAUCUGCUUCUACUGCUGGAGAUACAGUAUCUCUUAAGGAUGAUUUUCCAGAUGAUUUGCCAUUCUUCUGCUGUGUUGUGUGUCAGUCUGCUUACAAGUCUGUAUCCGAUUUUGUGACCCACGCAUGCAAGGACGCCAGUCUCAAACUAGGACGAGAGGCAGUAGCAAGUGCUGAACACCUGAGACAGCUUCGCAAAUUUCUUUGUGGCCUUUGCCGAGAAGAAUUCAGAAGUUUGGCUCGAACAUUGUACCAUCUGGCUCGCUGUUCUGGUGGCCCAUAUCGCUGUGAGCUCUGCCCAAACAAGUAUGAUUUUCCACGUGAACUCAACCAACAUAAAAGCAAGGCACACAGGGGUGCAAAUAGCUUUUUCUGUGAUGAGUGUGGUUUAAAUUUUAAGCUCAGAACAUCCUUGCAGAAACAUAAAGUAAAUCGUCAUGAGAGGCACGAAAGCCUUUUCACAUGCGAUGAAUGCUCGAAAACAUUUACGAAGAGAAUACAUCUAACUAGGCACAAAAUAUGUUUUCAUCGGUUUGAAAGGAAAUUCUUAUGCCAGGUGUGUGGCAAAAAGUUCUCAACCCACAGCAGUUUAAGUGCUCACUUGGACACACAUACAGAACUCAAGAGAUUUUCAUGUUCCUUCUGCAGUCGCAAAUUCCGACAGAAAGAAAAACUGAAGUUCCACAUCAGAAUACAUACAGGAGAACGCCCUCACCUGUGCCAGACAUGUGGCAAAGGAUUCAUAAGAAAAUCAAAAUUGGAUGAUCACAUUCGGCGGCAUUUGGGAGAGAAACGAUACAGUUGUGAUCUUUGUCCCAAGUGCUAUGCCAGUAGUUGGGACCUUAAGUUGCAUCGGAAGAAAUGUCAUCCAGAGGUUGAGUCUUCAAAUCCCCCUAUUGAAGCUUCAGCAUCUACUGAAGCUCCUUCAGAACUGACACCAGUUGCUGACAUUGAUGAUCCAGAUGAGCCAUCACCAUUACCUGUUCCACUCUCUGUUGAAACUGUUGUACCACAGCAGCAAUCAGCAUCUAGUACACCACCUGUGCUAGUACAACUUGAUGGAGGACAUGCAGGCAUGUUGACAUUAACUGAUGCUGUACAGUUAGGCCCAUUGAUGGCAACUGAUGGGACCACAGCAACUGGAGGACCAACUCUUGGAACAACUGCCCAGUUUGUGCAACCACCUCCUACAGAGGAUUUUGGACUUCAACCUGGACUGGUCUUUGUUCCAGCAACUUUUGAUGUUAGCAGUAUCACUUAUUGAUAACUUAUAAUAAGAAAUCUGGUUUUAUUGUGCACUGCUCCCAAUUGUAAGGCUUGUGAUUAGUGUAACAGUGGCAGUGUUUGUAAUACCUCAUAUAAGUGAUAACACUUUAGUUGUCUGUAUAAUGUAGUGAUUGUGACUGUAGCAUUGCAUAUCAACUCUGCUAAACUAAUAAUGAGUCAUAAAAUGAAAUAUUUAUUACUCA